AUGAGGCCUGGCGAUGUCGACCCAACCUGCCACAGGUUAACAAGCCUGAGUUAUGGGAUAUCUUGGGUCUUCAGGCAAAAAGAAAAUACCUCAGCCCUGAUACCUCAGGCUACUCGAGUGUAUACGAAUCUCGGUUGGGUGUAUUUGCUCGGUGGGCGCUACAUCCCUCUCCUCAAGAAUGAGACUAGGCUGGGUCAGGAGUUUCAAUCAACUAUUCCCGGAUACGAGCCUUACUAUCAACUCACCGCCGAUCAUCACAUCCUCCAGCACUAUACCCGUAGUAAGAUGUCACUCCAACUAGGCAAGCCUUCCUUCGGCGGAAAAUUAGUCAAGCCGGUAUCUCGCAACACAGCCAGAACCCUGCACAAAAUGCUGGGUGAUUCCCAGGAAUGGUCUCGAAUCCUCAUACGUGAGACUGCCGGGGCCACUCUCUCCGAAGCGGCCGGAUCUCUAUUUUACGGCCCAGACAUUGCUGCGGAUCCUGAGUUUGGCGAGAGCGUACUGCGGUAUUUGACCUUCUCCAUCGCGGGCAUGCCGAAACUCCAUCUCUGGCCCCAAUGUUUACGGCCGAUUGUCCACUGGCUUCUACCGACAUGCAGAGCGGCCAGAGCUGAGUUGGCAAAGUCGCGCGCCAGAUUGACGCUUCUUCUCGUAAAGCAAAAGAAAGAACGGCAGAAGGCAGAUGACCUAGACCAGAUUGACGUAUUUAGCUUCAUUGAAACACUCCCACCUGACCAGCGCGGUGAUCCCGCCUGUUUGGCUAUCGCGCUGACUAUAGCUGCCACUCACACAACUGCGACUCUUCUGACUACGAUUAUAUACCAAAUCUGCAAGCACCCUGAUUUGAUUGAGCCUCUUCGGGCAGAGAUUCGCUCGGUGAUCCAAGAGCAUGGAUGGACCAAAGCAGGGAUCACAAAAUUACGUCUCAUGAAUAGUGUCAUGAAGGAGACAAACCGGCUGUCGCCUCUUAGUCAGGCUAUCAUGAGGCGGGUCGCCACAGCGGAUGUGCCAUUGAACCGCGACUUGACUAUCCCCAAGGGCGCUAUCACGAUGACAUCGACCCUCGACACCAUGUGGGAUCCGCAGAUUUAUCCGGACCCACAGAAAUUCGAUGGCUAUCGCUAUCUGAAUCUAGCCAAGCAAGACCCAUACUGGAACCGGACCAGCUCCUUCGUCGCAACAAGCCCUGAAAGCCUUGGAUUUGGUCUGGGAAAGGAAGCAUGUCCUGGACGAUUUAUUGCAGAUCUUGAAAUUAAGCUCAUUCUUUGCUAUCUUCUGACGCACUAUGAUAUCAAACUUCCGGGGGGGAUCACUGCAAAGCCUCGAUACGAAGGCGUGUUCCUGCUGCUUGAUCCGGGUGACAUUUUGAUUCGACGACGUCCAGAAGAGGAAGCCAAGUUUCCGGACUGGAGCCAUGACGAUCAAGUCUAG